AUGUCACUCAGGCGCUCAGCCCGACUGGGCUCUGUUUCAACCAUCAAAACACCCAUCUUACAAAGCUCAACACCGAGCAAAACGACGAGAGUCCACCACAGCGCAGUGACAAAACCCCGCAAAGCAUCUACCAAGCCCAGUAAACCAGCAAAAAAAGCCACAAGAACGAAGACUAACUCAGGGAGCUCUUACUGGUCCCCUGAGCCAGCAACCCCAGACGCCUCCCCCCUCGAUCGCCCUGUCGAUCCGCGCCGAACAAACGCAACCCUCAUAACACCGCACGGCUCGACAGUAAACGCCUACCCAGCGCACGCAGAAGAUGCCUCGCCAUCAAAAACCGGUCUUCCCCGGCCAAUGGCCACAACCGGGACGCUACUCGAGAAAGCCACCGCACAUCUCAUAGCGACAGACCCACGCCUUGCAGCGAUAAUCGAGCAGCAUCCAUGUCCGCUCUUCUCGCCCGCCGGGCUGGCAGAAGAGGUCGAUCCCUUCAACAGCCUGACCAGCAGUAUCAUCGGCCAACAAGUCUCCGGCGCAGCGGCAAAUUCCAUCCGGAACAAGUUUCUGACGCUGUUUGAUCUGCCUGAUACUAUUGCUCCCGAUGGACAUCGGCAUCCGAAGUUCCCGACGCCAGAUCAGGUUGCCAAGUGUGAUAUUCCUACCUUGCGUUCGGCUGGGCUAUCGCAGCGCAAAGCGGAAUAUAUCCUGGGUCUUGCGGAGAAAUUUGCGAGGGGAGAACUUGGAGCGCGGAUGUUGGUGCGGGCCACCGAUGAGGAGCUUUUUGAGAAACUUAUCGCGGUUCGUGGACUGGGAAAAUGGUCGGUUGAGAUGUUUGCCGUCUUUGCAUUUAAGCGGAUUGAUGUGUUUUCUACUGGGGAUUUGGGAGUGCAACGAGGAUGUGCUGCAUUUAUGGGUCGUGAUGUGAGUAAACUCAAAGGUAAAGGUGGUGGUAAGUUCAAGUAUAUGGCCGAAAAGGAUAUGCUAGAACUUGGCGCCAAGUUUGCGCCAUAUAGGAGUCUGUUUAUGUGGUAUAUGUGGCGGAUUGAGGGUGUUGAUUGCAAGGACCGCCUGUUGAUUACAAGAUUGGCCAGUGACUCAAGAGCGCGAAGAAAAUCGAUUUGUACAGUAUCAGUACACUCAGGCUGCAUAACCAAGCCAUGGGUCGCCGAUGAUGGCGCCCAUUCCAUUACAAAGAAAGCACACCAGGCGUCUAUUCCAUGCCAACAACCAUGCUAUCCCAAUCCCCUUGUUUUCGUAUUCUAUUGA